GUGUCAAGGGGCGGAGUCUAGGGCGGAAGUUGUAAGUCCGGGCCGAAGUCCGGCUGACGAAGGGCGGAAGUUGAGUUUGGGGCCCAAGCCGCAAUCAUGGCGCUGGAAGGGGAAAAUGUUAGAGAUUACAAUUUGACUGAGAAGCAGAAGGCGAUCAAGGCCAAGUAUCCUCCAGUCAAUCGGAAGUACGAGUAUUUGGAUCAUACAGCUGAUGUCCAGUUACACGCAUGGGGAGAUACUCUGGAGGAAGCAUUUGAGCAAUGUGCAAUGGCCAUGUUUGGUUAUAUGACAGAUACUGGGACAGUGGAGCCCCUCCAAGCAACAGAAGUAGAAACCCAAGGAGAUGACUUACAAUCUCUUCUGUUUCACUUUUUGAAUGAAUGGCUUUAUAAAUUCAGUGCUGAUGAAUUCUUCAUAGCCCGGGAAGUAAAAGUACUUAAUAUUGAUCAAAGAAAUUUCAAAUUACGGUCAAUUGGGUGGGGAGAAGAAUUCUCAUUGUCCAAGCACCCUCAGGGGGUGAUAAAAGAACAAGCUAAAGAUGACACCAUGUAGAAGCAAGCAGAGAAAUCCAGAGAGACUUGAGCACUGCCUUUGACAAGCAGAAGAAACAACAGAGGACCUCUGAAAAGGCUGAGCGCUGUGGGGAAUGACUUCAGCAAUGGACUGUGUCAAAGGGCAGUCACACAACUCAUCCCUAAAGUGAAGUACCCCAAGUUGGCAGCUGAAUUCUUAGUGCUAUAUACUCUUGAAAAUAUAAUUUCAAGAUAGGAUUGAGAGUGAGUUCCAGGGGCUUAAUGAAAAGAUUCCAAUAAAUAAAAGGGAAAAGGCAGUUCAUACACACACACACACACACACACACACAUCUAGGUAACACACAUAUGGCAGGGAGGAGAAAGAGAACAAUCAAGGAUGACUCCAAGCUUUAUGGCCUGAGUACUGGCAGAAGGGACUUGCCAUUUCUUGAAAUGGGAAAGACUGGGAGAGAAACAGGUUGUAGGGGCUGGUAUCUGGAGCUCAACUUUGGACAUAUUAAGUUUAACAUCUCCUGUUAUUUAUCUAAUAAGAAAUAAAGAGUGGGCAGCUGGAUAUAUGAGUAGCAUUAAGGAAAUAGGUCCAGGCUGGGGAUAUAAAAUUCGGAAUCGUCAGCAUAUAGACGGUAUUUACAGUCAUGAGAUUAGGUGUGAUUACCAAAGGAGGAGGCUACAGAGAACAGAGACAAGUCCUUGGCACUCCAACAUUUAGAGAACAGAGAGAUGAAGAGGACCAAGAAAAGAUACCUGAGAGGAAAGCCAGAAAGAUAGGAAGAAACAUCCUGGAGGUGAAGAAAGUGUUUCAGGGAAGAAGGGGCGAUCAACUCUGUUAGUUUUGGUAAGAUGAGGACUAAGAGUUGACCACUGGGAUUUAUCAGUGGUGUGUGUGUGUGUGUGUGUGUGUGUGUGUGUGUGUUAGGGUGGGUUUAAGGGAGAAUGGAAUGAGAGAAACAAGCACACACAACUCUUUUCAAAGAGUUUUGCUGUAAAGGGAAAGAGAAUAAGGGAGGAAACUGGGGUUAAGACUGAAGAAGAAUCUGAAUAUUUUAGGAAAAAAAAAUAACUGAAGAAAUAAACUUCCAGAUGAAGCAGGAAGGGAUUGAGAACACAUUAAAAUGGUUACUAUUAGAAAGGAUUAGUGAGGGUGGGAGAAGAGGGUACCCUCUCUGCAACAGGAAGAGAGACUGAAAAAAUGUACAGAUAUCUAAGAGAAGGAGUGACAUGGGAGCUCAUUACAGAUGCCGUUGAUCUCUAAAAUAUCACUAUUUGUGAAAAUGAUGAGGAUGGGGGAAAUGUGGUAGAAUUACAGUAGUUAAAUGUAAAAAUGUAUAGCUGAUUUUUAAUCUACUCUGAUUUAUACUUUUCACUCAAAUCACAAGAUUAAAGUAUCAUAACAUAAGCUGAGCUUAAACCAUAGUAGAUACUCAAUAAAUAUUCAGUGGAUUUGUACUGG